AAUGCAUAUCGAAUCAACCUCCUUUCCCUUACUUAGAUUGAUUUUGGUUCUUCUUUGUACCUUCAUAUUUUACAUGAUUAUGGGGGAAAAAACACCAAAUCACCUGAUUGUAAGAACACCGUAAUUUUUGUGAGCAUUCACAAGAAUGCCUCAGAUAUAUACCCUCAUUUGAUAAGCUCCGAUUCAUCCUCUCACAAGCAUUUCUUCAAACAUGUAAUGUGCAGCAUCCUUCCCACGUGCCAAAGUUCGGGAAUUGGGACGCCGACGAUGAGCAGUACACAGCAUACUUCGAGACUGCACGCAGAGAGAAAGACUUGAAUUCGCUGACGAUGGUUAACCCAAACGACCCAGAGCAAAACCCAAAGGCCUUCAAUUUCUUGACGGGAUCCACCGCCACCACCGGAGGAAGCGACGGCUCCCUCUCCCGCAAUUCGAACAGCUCGUUGGGAAGAAGCAGCCGUAGAAGGAACCCUCCUCAUCAGAGGAGCAGGGAAAGCUAUGGGAGCUUCACACCAGAGUCUGUGAGCUCGAGAAGUAACCAUUCCGAUCACCCUGUGUUACAGAGACGCGAGAACAAAAGGAGCACAUCAAAAGGAGGUAGUGUUGGCCGCACCGGUAGCUUCUCUUCCUCAAGCCAUCAUCGACCGGGGAGUGGAAGCCAUUCUUCUCGUGACUCCGAAAAUCAGAAGGUAAAAGCAAUACCAAAAUUUGGUGAGUGGGAUGAAAAAGAUCCAAAAUCAGGAGAAAGUUUCACAGUGAUCUUCAGCAAGCUUAAACAAGAGAAGCAUGCUGAGCCUGGUCACCACCCUGAUGCGCCUCCACAACCUGUUCAUUUCUCAAAUGCGCCUAAUCAACGUCACGGGCCUUCCCCUAAAACCCCCAGGUCCAAGUAUUGUUGCUUUUUCAAGUGAAAACAAGCGAGCGUGGGGCUGCUAUAGUCUGCUUUGAUCCGCACAAGCCUUCAUG